AUGUCCAUGUUAGUUGGAUUAGAUAUCCUUUUGGUCAGGGUAAAUCAUCUGGAACAGCUCUGCGUGAAUCUGUGCUCUGAAACAUUACAACAUUUCUACAACACUCACAUAUUCAAGAGUAGAGAAGAGUACAGCAGGGAAGAAGGUGUUCUUUCAGAUUUUGGAGUGGAUUAUUUUGAUAACGCUCUGUGUAUUGAGCUACUCACUUGCCAGCGUGCUGGAAUUUUGACUAUGUUGGAUAAAGAAAGCCUAUUCGCAAGAGGAAGCUACCAGAAUUUCUUACAAAAAGUAAAGGGACAGCAUAAAGACAGCGAUUGUUUUUUCGAUCCAGAUCCCGAGAGUUCGUGUUUUGGAGUAUCGCACUACAAUGGAAACAUCGUUUACGAUGCCAGCUCUCUUUUGAACAUAAACAGAGACUCCAUCACUGAUGACAUUAUCUGUGUGUUCUCGAGACAGAACUGUAAUUUUGGUUUCGCCACGCAUCUUUUCACCAGUGAUUUGAAACCGCAGCAAGGGCAGGCAACUGCUCCCAAAGGGGUGCUAUACAGCAUAUCACCCACCCCCACUCAGGAGGCGCAAAGCCCCGCAGGAACAGCUGAUGCUCCUCUUCGUACAUUUUCGCAAGGAUUUCAGGAAAAACUUGAUGGUCUUCUUAAAACUCUGGUGCAAGCGCAACCGACAUUUGUAAGAUGUAUAAAGAUAAAUACUCGCGAGGAGCCAUAUUCCUUCGACCGUGGAAUUGUCAGUCAACAGAUUCGAGUGUUGCAGAUAUUCGAGACUCUUCAAUUGCUUCAGUCAGCCCUCGCUAAUCGCAUUCGACUUCAAGCAUUCGCUAGGAGGUAUGCCUUUGUCUCGCUGCGUAAGGUCCGGGGUUUGGAGGAGACUGGGUAUGAGGAUUGCAAAACUAUUCUGGAGACGCUGAUGAGAAAAGCUGAUAAGUCAAAGAGUGACGUCAUGUUUGGCUCGUGGGUACUGGGAAAGAGAUACGUUUUCUAUAGUGAAGUAGUGAAGCAAGAAUUAGCGAACUUGUAUGAAGAAAGAAAAGUGAAGGCCGCUGUGACGAUCCAGUGCUGGCUAAGGAGAUGGAUCUGUCGAAAGAGAUGGCCGAACCUAAAACGUUCAUUGGAACUUCAGCGAAAAGGCCGGCAGGGUAGCAAAAGUAAUCACAGUCUUGUUCGCAGAUCAGUUUCUCUGUCGGAUGAGCUUCGGGUUGACACGAAGGCUGCCGACCAGUCGUGCUGUCUCUUCGGAAUCGAUAUGGAGACUCCCCCACCUUUGCCUAAAAGCCGUCCGUACACUGUGUUAGGAAAUAUGAAGAUGGGGUUCCCACAAAAUCGUAUCAUGAAAAUGGAUUAUCCAGAUGACGGCAGCGAAGUUCUUCUGAAGAAAGGACAAGUUGUAAAGGUGGUUCGGGCGUCAGAAAAAAGAGGGUAUCUGGUUAUAGAGCACAGAGGCACAACAAUUCACUUGCCUUUUCAGGUUAUGGAGCUUAAGAAUUCUCCGAACCCUUCACCGAGGUGACCAGACACAGUGGUGAAUAAAGGCAAGUCUAACUAUGGGAAAACACGAUUAAACCCUGAUGGAACAGUUUUAGCUUACUACGCCUGCUGUCCGUUCUAAUCUCAGAAAGCAGACAGGACUUGGGCCCUCCUUAGCAGAACAUGUGAUCGCUGUUAUUGGCUAGAGUUCUGUUGGAUAAAGGAAACACAUCACGUGCGAAAAACCUUGUCCUUUGAUAGCAUGCGAAGAAACGCACAUGAUGUGCACGUAAACAUAGCAUUGUGUUAGGAGUUUAUUUACGAUUAGUUAGCGCAUAACAGAGGUUUAAUUUGCCCACGUCGUACUUAGCGGAUGUGAGCCGACAGCUGCAUUGAAAAUGAUGCUAGCACAGUUCUGGACAUUGCGUAGUUUGUCUUGUCAGAUAAAGUUAAGGCAGCAACAUGGUGAAUAUCUAUAUUUGUAUAUUGGUUGAAAGUUUAUUUUCAGCUCUGUGAGUUUUUACAGCUACGGUGUAAACCUUGACGAAUGAUUGUGUGCGAUGAUUUUUUUCCCCAAGUGAAAAUAUUAUUGAAAAUGGAAAUAUUUUUGUAACGCAUGAUAAAGCGUUAAACUUAAGCUA